AUGACCACUGUCAAUGUUGCCGACGGGUGGGAAACUCCUAAAGCAGGACCGUCAAAGGGUACAAUAGCUGUGGAUAUGGACGAUGUUUUAAGUCAGACAAACGCAACCAUAGUUGAAAUGCACAACGCUUUCUACGACGUUCAACCACCUAUAACACUAGACGAUUUCAAGAAAUAUCUUUAUUGGAACAACCGAGGUUGGGGAACACCACAGGAGACCAUACGUAUGGUCAAAGAGCUUGAAGCUGCCGGUUUGUACGCCCGAUCUCUACCUGUGAAAGGUGCUAAAGAGGGAUUGGAAAGACUUAAAGAGAUGGGUUAUAGGUUGGUGAUUAUCACUGCUAGAGAUGAGGCGCAGAGAGAAGGGACGGAAGAUUGGUUAGCAGAGCAUUUGCCAGAUAUCUUUGACGAAAUGCAUUUCACAGGAGCUUUUACCCACCUCGCGCCCACACGGGAAGAACAUGAAGGUCACGCAGCUCACAAAGCUGUUGUAUCACAUAAGAAAAGGACCAAAGCUGAAGUAGUACAUCAAACCGGGGCAUUGUUCCUCAUAGAUGAUUCUGCUGAGAAUGCCGCCGAUGCCGCCGGUGCCAAUCCACCUGUGCAAGUGUUGCUCUUUGGUGAUUAUCCGUGGAAUAGUGUGGUGUGGCCUUCAAAGUCGGAGAAGGGUGUGGAAGAGCUGACUUAUGUCGAGAGAGAAGAGAGAGGGUUGCAGGAGGAAUUUGAGAAGAAGAGGUUGAAAGCUAUUGAAAUUGGUUGGACACCCGACGGAGUUGAGAGGGUUAAGGAUUGGAAGGAAGUAGUGAAUUGGGUCAAAGAGUGGGAGAAAAGGAGGAAGAGCUUAUAG